GAAACCUCCACUUUGCCUCAAACAUUUGAGAACUCUUGCAUAUGCCAAAACUCCCUCCCGGAUGGCACGCAUUAGCGGGCCGUUGGCAUUAUCCUUUCAUUCCUUCUCAAUCACCCGUUCUUCGUCGUAUCACUAACCUGCACCAAAUCUUCCCGGGACUCGCGCGUUGACCAACUCUACAAGCGCCGGCAUCCUCCUGCAAGCCAUUGUUGUCCUCUGUGACCAAACUAUCAGCCUGAGACGAACCUGCUACAAGGACCCCUCCCGUCUUCUCCAGACUUCCUACAGGCGACUAGGAAGCAGCAGAGAAUAUACAACAGUUACCUGGGUUGCCCUGUGUCACGACACUCUGUCCCCCAGUCUUUUGCCCGUCAGGUUACAGAUGAUAUGCUGAUUUCGAUCUGGACUGCCACGGUUCUUACACUGCCUGCGCCUUCUGCAAACCAUUGCCAAACCGACCACCCCAACACGCAACGCCUCAGGUGAAACAAUACGACUGACAAGCCUUGUGCAACAGCGCGUCUUUUGGACAUUGUUUACUGUCGUCAGGCGAUGGUAUUCUUAAGGAGAGUCUCUCCAGAGGAAAAAGCUGAUUAAGUCGUAUCUGGCAAUGAGUUCGUGGUCCAUGACAUGGUUGUUGAGUCGACUCAAUCAAGAUGACGCAAGUAUGGCCGCCGUCUCCAUGUGUGGAGGACGAAGAAGUAUCUCUGGCAAAGGAACAUCUGCUUGAUGUUCCCAUACAUCAGUUAAAGACCGACAAUCAACCCGCAGGCAGUCGGGGUUCGGUGAAUCAAUACCCCAUCAUCGUCGACAGUGAUGAUCCAGACGCAGCCAACAAACAACAUGAUUCCAACUCGGACAAUGUGCGUUCGAAGAAGCACAAGGAGUCCGCCGAUACUGAUGCUCCCGCAAACACCGAGAAGAGAUUCAUCUUAGUAUCUGAUAAGACGGCGCUUGAGGAGGAACCAACAUCGGAGACUUUCCACAGAUCCAAGUCUACUACCCAACUUGACAAACAGGAAGCGCAGAAGGAAAGGCCCCAAGUGUCAAGGAUACAUACGGACUUCGGCCCUGGUCUGGAUGGUCCGACAGCUCGUUGGCGGCAGCCCUCAUCUUAUCCGCACACUUCCCAGCCAAUGCCUGGCUCCGUGUCUGGUGGACCACAAUCUGGGCCUAACCUGCUGUCACCUAUGGACGUUCAUCGUCCUAGAAGGUCACGGUCAGUACAUCAAGCCACCCGUCCAGCUCAUAACGACAGCAGUGACUCUGAGCACGUCUCGAAGUCGAAGAGAAGCCAUGAGCGCAGUCGAAGCACGGCUCGAAAACAAAGCUAUCCGCAAUCUGAUCGCUCUGACACCGAGUACAUGAAGAGCCCGACACAGUCUAGGAGCGAUCGCAAAACGACUGACGGGUUUAGCAGCAGAGCUCAGCGUUACCGUAGCCCGGCUCCAUCAAAGGGAGGCUUUGUUGGCUACAGCUAUACAUCUCAAGAGCAUAUCACUCCGCCACAGAGCCCUAAGCCCAUGCUAGAACACACACCAUCUUCGAUCCUAGACUGGAAUGCAUCGGGUUAUCCGUCCUCCAGACGUGGUACCGGACAACUUAUCUCUGAAUCACCCUACACUUCCUCUGCUGAAGAGAGACGUAGUAGAAAACAGGGCUCAGAAGAUGAAAAGAGGAAUAGACGUGCAAGCCGAUCACGACGAAGAUCGCACUAUUACCCUCAGGAGGGCGACAAGCCUUCAAUGAGUCGAGCUACAUCUCGUCGUCGGGAAAGAGGGUUUAAAGACGAGUCAAACCGUGGGUCUUUUUCGUCGGAUGAGAGGGCACGUCGUGAACAACACAUCCCACUCUCGGCGCGAACACCUAAAGCCAUGGAAGACUAUUUCAACAGGGCGCUAAGCGUGAAGCAAAGCAGACGAUCUGGGCAUAAUAACGACCAUUCACGACCCGUGUCCCCGCUUGCGUCGCCGCCAGAGAGUCCGCCGCGAACACCACGCGGUGACAAAGCGCCAAGGGAGUAUUUCGAACCACCUUUGAGCACUGCCAACACCUCAAAACCGCGAUCACGUCCUCCUUCAGUGGAUGACAGCUAUUUCAACAAUCUCAAGCCCCUGACUACCCUCCUAGGUGCGGCAACAUUAGGUGCUUCUUUGGCUUCGAAGGCAAUGCCGAGCUCGUCGAGAUCGAGCACUUCCCUGUCGACGCUGGAAACGCCCAGUAGCGGCAGCCAGAGCAGGCCAAACAGCGGACAAAGAUCAAGAAAGCCUUCUCCAGUCUCCGAAGAAGUUCCUAAAGUCACCUAUACGCUGUCCAGGAACAAUUCUUUCGCAAGCAAAGAUGAAGGUCAACCAACACGGACCACGACAUAUGCAAUACAUGAAGAUCGAACGCUGCAGAAGACUUCUACUUACGUGCCAGCGCCUGUUGAAAGCCCACGAACGGCAACGAGAGCCGCAUCGUAUUCAUACCCGUUGGAAGCUCCAAGACCACCUGCACCUUACAGGGCAAUGUCUACCACAUCAACGCAAGCUUUCCAGCAGUAUCUCCACGUCACGACUCAGCAGCCAGUGGUGUCGGCUCCGGUAUCGCCUGAGGUGGUCAGCACUCCUUCGACUGUCCCACCCCGAUCAAGCGUUCCACCAUUGUGUCCCAGGUCAAGCCCCAUCGCUGGACUAAGUGACUGGUACACUAUUCGGGAAAUGCCCUUCCUGGACUUCUGUCCAUCUUGUAUGAGCUUCUUGGGUGGCACUCGCUUUCGGGAUCACUUCAUUCCAAGCCUGCCUAAAGAUUCCAGACGGCCUGUCCUGUGCGCCAUGAGCAGGCCAUGGAUCCGCCUUGCAUGGUUGCAAUCUGCGAAACAGGAGAGAAAGGACCUGUCGCUUGUCUGGGACUUGAGCAGCCCUCCUCCCGAAGGUACGAGGCCUUGUCCCGGCUCCGAGCCAGAACACCGAAGAUGGUACCAUCUCACCGAUCCGAGGACUAAGAGACCGGUGGAGGGCUUCAAUAUAUGCUCAGCAUGUGUCAUGAAGGUUGACCUGACGUUCCCUCAACUGCGAUCUCACCUGUUCGACAGGCCACGCGACAAACUGAAUGAGGAAAAGGUGUGCAAUCUCAGUAGCACAAGUCGUCACUUCUGGUCCAUACUCGCGGAGUUGGAAAGAUUGGCAGAGCGUCGGCACAGAGAACAGCUGCGGCAGAGGGACAUUCAAGACUUUGUCGAAUACAUCCGUCGGAUGUCUCGACAUCGCGAAUGCGCAAAAGAUGCGAUGCUAGCGACUGCGUCUUGGCACUUCAUACCUGAUCUCCCUGAAUUCACAAUUUGCGAGGAAUGUUUCGAAGAGGUAGUCUGGCCUCUCAGGGAUUGGCCUAUUGCGCGGGAAGUGUCCAAGACGCUGAAAAUAGUGCCCAAUCUGCGGAGAAGCCAGCUCCUACCGGGAAUAAGUUGCCAGCUCUACAGUGAUCGGAUGAGGAGGGUUUUCCGCGAAGCUGUCACUAAGAAUGAUUUCGAAAGUCUGAAGACGGCAGCAAGGCAUAGGUAUAGUAUGGAACAUCGUCUGCAGGAGCUGCACAAGCGUUAUGACGCGGAACAGCAAGCUGGCUGGGACAGACGGGCGGAGAUGGAACAAAACAUAGCGUUUUGGAAGUCGAUUGAAUGAGUUUACGAUUUAUGAUGCAUGAGUGAAUGGGUUACGAGAAUCAAAAUCUAAUGCCUGGGUGGAGGAUAAAUGGGCCAGAUUGAAAACGGGUAACCUAAAGGCAAUUCCAAAGGGUCGAGCUCUGGGUGCUCUGGCCUGGUUCAUGACCAUAAUACAAUUACUUUCUGAA